AAUGUAAAUGUGAACAAGGCCAUACAGUCUAAAAGUUCAAGAGAUGAAAAUGGAGCUACAAUAUAUGUGAACAGAGGAAGAGGUAACCUAUACUAGUAAAGUGAAUGGAAUAUUCAUACUCUGUCAGUGCUGGUCUAUUUCAAAGUGUCAAAAUGUUGUCAAUCACUUAUGAACACUGCACAAAGUUAAUCUAUGGAACAGUUAUCAACAUUGCAAUGGCUGUCAGCUGGGUUGGAUCAACCCAGUUCUCACAGAGCACAUACUCAAAUGCAUUUAACGCACCCUUCUUCAACAUUUGGUUUUCCACAGUAUGGAUGAUACUAUGUUAUCCAAUAUUUGCAUUAAUAUUGAGAUUCGCCAAAGGGAAAUCUUUCUACAAUAUUUUUAAACAUAGUCAAGAAAUAUUUGGAAAACAUGGGGUCUGCAUGGUAUCUGUUUUUACCAGGGGUGUACCAUUUCUCAUUUUAUGGGCUGUAACAAACUACAUGUAUGUACGAGCCCUUGGUACCAUUGCAGCAUCAGAUGUAACAGCCCUUUUCUCAUCAUGUACAGUCUUUGUUUAUUUAUUCUCAAUUAUAAUACUGAAAGAAGAGUUAUAUUCACUAAGGUUAAUAGCUGUAGCCCUAACAUUAGGUGGCGUUGUGCUGCUGGCUUCAGAGGAUGGAUUUCUUGGUCCAUCAGUUCUUGGUGUCAUCUUAUCUAUUGUGUCAGCAAUAGGGGCUGCACUAUACAAGGUUUCAUUCAAGUGGAUUAUAGGGGAUGCUUCACUAUCCCAAGUAUCCUUAUUCCUAAGUAUAUUGGGGCUUCUGGACCUACUAGUGAUGUGGCCUAUCAUGCUUACACUAUAUUUCACAGGCUUGGAGCAGUUCGACUGGUACAAUCUUCCAUGGGGUUUUCUUUGUGGAUCAGCUGUAUUAGGCCUAGCUUUCAACUUCCUGGUGAAUUUUGGCAUUGCAUUCACAUUUCCCCUCUUCAUCUCUGUUGGUACAGUUCUUGGCAUACCUCUCAAUGCAGGUGUAGAUGCUAUGUUUAGAGGGAGAAUAUUUGGAGUAACAAAAAUAAUAGCCACUAUUAUGAUCAUAGUAGGCUUCAUCCUGGUACUCAUUCCUACAGAUAAAUGUUGUGGAGGCAGAGCCAUUACAAUAUCACAAGGGAUGAGUGACUCACAAUCAAAAACAGGAGAAAAGAAGAAACUUUUGGAUAAAGAAUGUAGGAGUGAUACGAACACCAGGUUAUAGCUGAAUUAGACAAGGACACUUCUGUUUUUAUAUCUAUUCCAUGGGAUUCUACAAUGAUAUAAUAAUGAUAUUCAUGUUGGUAUGAACAGGGUGACACAAAAUAUAUUGCUUCUAAGACUGAGAUUUAAAGAAAAGACAUUCUCUGGAGGUACGCUCUAGAAUCGAGUUGUUGAGAAGCUUGAUUUAUAUUUCUUUUCGUUUUUGCCAAACACACAAGAUAUAUUUGGAUUAUUUUCAUGUCUUCUAAAACUUUUUGUUAAAACAAUGGGAUCAAAAGGUUUUUUUAUUCAUGGGUUGCAUUUUUGUGUCACUUUUCCUCUUGUACUAUUUGCAAACUUAUAUUCACAACAAUGGGCAUUUUGUCAUGAAUUCUUUUUUCUCAUAAAAGGAUAAACAUAAAAAUUCAAAUACUGUAUAUGUACUUUAUUUGAGCAAACUAUAUAGACACUGUGAUAUUAUUAUAAAGUCUUUUCUCUUUUUACAUUUCAUAAAAAUUACAUUUAUUUUUUGAAACUACAUGUUCUUGUUUAAAUGGUG